AUGCUCAAUACAUAUAUUUUUGGAGCUCAUGGUGUUCUUUUUGUUUAUGAUGUAACAAAUAGUCAAUCAUUUGAAAAUAUUAAUGAUUGGCUUUCUGCAGCUAAAAAAUUGGAUAAACAAAUGGAAAAGCCAUUUUAUAUGGCAUUAAUUGGUAAUAAAGCAGAUAGUGAACAUCGACGUUCUGUUAGGCCAGAAAGACAUAGCAAAUUUGCUGAACAAACUGGUUUUUUAUAAUUUUAAUUAGAGUUACACUCGAGCCUUCGGGGAAGGGGUUUCCGGGGUGAGGGAAAUUCAAGUGAAAAAGAUUCUUAGAAAAUACCUAAGCAACUUUAUCUGAUAAAAUCGUUUUUCCGGGUCCGUACACUGGACUCUAGGUUACGAGCUCAUGCUAAUUCAGUCAGGUUUUAAUUCGGAAAAUUAUUUUCGGGGAGGGAGUCAUUUCGUCAGGCACAACCCUAACAAGUCCCGGAGAGAUACACUAGAGGGACUUAGAAAUUACAAAAAUUAUUUCUUAAUUAAAAAGGAAUGCAAUCACAUUUCUACUUGUCAGCAAAAAAUGAUGAUUCAAUUGAAUUGAUAUUUAGGUAAAUUUAAAGAAAUAUUUUGAAAAAAAAUUACAAAAAAAUUUUUCUUCUUCGUUUAAUAAAAUCAUAGAAUAGAAAAAUAGCAACAGAAAUUUUGGGAACUAAAAUCACGAGGAAUGAACCUGAACAAAGUUCUGUUAAACCUCAAGCAUCUACAACAACAAAUGUUGAAGAAAAAAAUAUAACCGAAAAACCAGGGAAAGAUGUGGAAGAUGACAAAACAGCAUCCAAAGGUAUGUAAAGAGAAUAAUAA